GACUUGAAAGGGAAACGACGAGGUUCGUAACUCGCUUCUCUACCGAAAUGCUUUUGAAACUUCUGCUUGCAGGCGUUUUUGUCAACUCUGUGACUGCAAAUCUUUUGCCGAUCUCCGUGAACCCAGCCAGACAACAGCUCGUGGAUAGUUUGGGUCGCGAGGUCUUCUUUCACGGCACAAACGUUGUUGUGAAGUCAUUCCCGUGGCAUCCUGAAACCGAAGGCUUCAGCGAUGGAACGUUCUCCGAACAAGACAUGGAACUUCUGCAAUCGCUUGGCCUGAAUGUUGUUCGCCUUGGCUUCAUGUGGCCAGGACUAGAGCCAACGAGAGGGAUAUACAAUGAAACCUAUAUGCAAGUUAUGCAGCGAAUUGUUUCGCUUUCCGCAAAUUACGGUAUUUACGUCCUAUUAGACAUGCAUCAGGAUGCAUUCUCCAGAAUGCUGUGCGUGGAAGGCUUACCGACCUGGGCAGUGAAUACAGGGAACGCCAAAGGAUUCCCUGAACCGCUUCAUGAGCCUUUUGUUCCCGACCCGAAGACAGGAAUGCCGUCUGAUGAGGAUUGCGCAAAGUUUGCGUGGUCAGAUUACUAUUUUACCGAAGCUACCAGCGCUGCUUUCCAAAAUUUGUAUAACAAUACCGACGAUUUGUUGAAUAGCUGGGCCGCCUUCUGGGCUGAAACUGCCUUGGGGUUUAAAAGUUUCUCCAAUGUUAUUGGCUACGAGCUUAUCAAUGAGCCCUGGGCCGGGGACAUCUACGCAAAUCCGCUGCUUCUUGUUCCAAAAGUAGCAGAUAAAAUGAACUUAGCACCCGUCUACGAAGUUCUAAGUAAAGCUAUCCGACAGUACGAUGAAGAACACUGCAUCUUCUUCGAAGGAGUAACUUGGGAUGACUUUGGCGUCGGUUUCGACACCGUACCAGGCGGAGAGGUGUAUCGAAACAGGAGCGUACUCAGCUAUCAUUACUACAGCCCCCCUUCUUUAUCCCUGAUCUUAACUUUUGAGGCGCGGAAAAAAGAUCAAGAGAGGUUAAAAUGCGGAGGAAUGAUGACGGAGUUUUUUACCAGCGCUGGAGAGAUUGAGCCUAUGGUUAAAGCCAUGGAUGCUGCUGAUAUGUACCUUCAGUCGUGGAUUGGGUGGGAAUAUAAAGCGUACCACCCCUCCCGUCCUGACCUGAAAGGAAACAGGCGCUCUGCUCUGUGGAAUGGGACAGGACUCGAUCAAAUUUAUGUUCAAAACACAACUCGUACUUAUCCUCAGGCCGUCGCAGGAUAUACUGUAAAAUUCAGAUUUGAUUUGUCCUCGAAAGAAUUUGUUUUAGUUUAUGAAGUAUCUGAAACGUGUCACGCAACCAAAUCUGUGGUAUAUUUGAACGAAGAGGUUCACUACCCAUCCGGUUAUACCGUGGCUGUCACGCCAUCCUCUGUGGAAUGGUCCUCCGAGACGAAAAACAUGCUCACUUUUACUCAUCCUACAUCUUUGCCGGUUGGGUCUAACGUGGCGAUCACAAUUAACAAAAAAUGAAACAGAGAAAAUUCAGUAUAAACAAUAAUCAAGCAAUGGUCAAUCAAUCAAUAAUCUCAUCAGUUUUCUGAGAUGUUGACAAUGAGACCAGUUCACAAUUAUGAUUAAACAGAAAAUAAAAGGCUAAAUUCA